AGCCACGCACAUUUUCACACUUCACUCUCUCUCUCUCUCUCUCUCUCGUGCGCCGCGCCGCGCCGCGCGGCGAGGGUGGUGGUGGGUGAGCGGCGAGCCGAGCCGGGCCACGGGCGGCGCCGCGGGAGGCGUCCCGGCGAGCGGAGGGGAGGGGGGCAUCCGAGCGCUGGGGGAGGUAGCUCAGCGGGAACGGGAACGGGGCGAUCCCCCCCGGCGUUCUCCUCCCCGGUCUCUCCUGUAGCUAGCUAGCUAGCCAUGGCGGCGAAUGGCGAGGGUGGCGGCGACCCGGCGGCGCGGAGGCGGUGGGAUCUGACGAACAAGGGUGCCGAGAGCAUUCCAAUGGUGAAAGAGGCUGUGGAAAUGUCCACAGACGAAGAAUCAGACGGUGUCGUUAUAUGUCCACCAGAUGGCAACAAUGAUGAUCGAGAGGAAGCCAUUAGUAGUAAUAAUCAUGAUAAUUGCCAGGAAGGCGAAGUCACUUGUGUUAAAGACCCGGUUAUAGACAGUGAAACCCAGGAAGACAAGUGUGUGAACCAAGAUUCAGUUAAGUUGAUAGAUCAAGAGAAGUCUGGUCCACCCAAAUCACCAUCUAAACCUGGCAUUUCUGGGUCAGAUAGGUCCAAACGUACUGUUCCUCAACCAUUUGCCCUUUCUUCUCAAAGAAAAUCUCAUGGAGGAAAUAGUAAGGCGGCUCAUCCAUCUGGCAAUGGAGAAAAUUCUGGUGAUAAGAGCAACUCCUCUCCAGCAAGUUUGACAAAGAAGACUGCACCGAUUACUCCCAAGAAGAUUGCACAGCCUGAUCAUAUGCUUCACCAUCAAGAGGAGGACUCCUGCUCUGUGACUUCUUCAACCACAACUUCAACAAGAGCUGGCAAAACCAAGGCAACUGUUGGUGUUGCCCCUUCAUUUGUAUGUGCUGAUCGUGCUGACAAGAGAAAGGAGUUCUACACAAAAUUAGAAGAGAAACACAAGGCCUUGGAAGCUGAGAAGAAUGAGGCCGAGGCCCGGAAAAAGGAAGAGCAAGAAACAGCCUUAAAACAACUAAGAAAGUCCUUAGUCAUCAGGGCAAAGCCCAUGCCAAGCUUCUACCAAGAAGGACCUCCUCCAAAGGCUGAACUUAAGAAGGUCCCUCCAACUCGUGCUAAAUCACCAAAGUUUACAAGGAGGAGGAGCUGCAGUGAUGCACCGCCGACGCCAGAGGCAGCAAAUACCACCGCAGCAUCUAGUCGAUCACAUCGUCACAGCAUUGCGAACCCUAAAGAUGCUAACAGAGUACAAUGCUCACCAAAAAAUGGCGUCGCUGCCAAAACUAGAGCUGUCAAACCUGUGAGCUGAAGGCCCUCUGGAGAUUCUAGAUCAGCCAAGUGUUGCGAAUGUCGCUGUACAAACCUAACUUUAGCCGUCUCUCGGUUUCAUGGCAUUUUGCAUUUGAUUUAUACUUCCUGUCACCAAAAGAAGGCCACAGUGCCGAGGCCGGUGUGCUUGCAGCUGAACCCUUUCAUUUCUUUUCUUCUUUUCGCGUUGCUGUGUAAGAACUCUGUUGCUGGGACCAUGUACUGUGUUCCUUGUUGUAAAUGGUCGAGGGUUUCUGUCAGAACUCAGAAGGAAGACACUCUGCCCUUUUAAAGCCCUUGAUGAACCGUUGCAAUGUUUUGCUUGAUAUUUA